AUGUCCACUGACAAUACAGAAAUAUCCCAUGAUUUUCCAGGCUUUUUCAAGGUAUACAAAGAUGACCGUAUAGAGAGAUAUUGGAAUACUGACUUCGUUGCAGCAGGCGUUGAUGCAGAAACCGGGGUCCAAUCCAAAGAUGUUGUGAUCUCACCAGAGACCAAUGUAAAGGCUCGUAUUUUCCUCCCAAAAAUCAACGACCCAGCUAAAAAGCUACCUCUAGUUGUCCACUGUCAUGGUGGUGGCUUUUGCAUUGGCUCCCCGUUCGGUUCUUCCUUCAAAACUUUUCUUUCAACUCUAGCCACCCAAGCCAAUGUAAUUGCCAUGUCUAUUGACUAUAGGUUAGCACCUGAGCACAAAUUACCAAUUGCCUAUGAUGAUUCAUGGACUGGACUUCAAUGGGUCGCUAAGCACUCUGAUGGGAAAGGGCCUGAAUCAUGGAUUAAUGAGCAUGCAGAUCUCGAGCAGGUUAUCUUAGCCGGUGAGAGUGCUGGAGGCACCUUAGCCCAUUACUGCGCAGUUCAAGCUGGCGCUGCAGGAUUGGCUGGUGUGGCUAUAAAAAGGCUACUAAUAGUGCACCCAUAUUUUGGGGGCAAGGAGCCAGAUAAGUUGUACCAAUAUAUGUGUCCAACAAGUCCUGGGACAGAUGAAGAUCCAAAAUUGAACCCGGCAGUAGAUCCGAAUAUGUCGAAAUUCAAGUGUGAUAAAGUGUUAGUCUGUGUGGCAGAAAAAGAUAUGCUGAAAGACAGAGGGGUGGCUUAUUAUGAAGCUAUGAAGAAAAGUGGGUGGGGUGGCACCGUUGAUUUUUAUGAGAGUAAAGGGGAGGACCAUUGCUUUCAUUUCUUCAAUCCUAAGAGUGAGAAUCUUGGGCCCCUAAUGAACAAAAUUGUUGAUUUCAUUAAGCUCGAUUGA